GGGUAAUGGGACAAGUACCAGGUACGCGCAUCCGCCAGCCGGCCCGCCCUAAUUUGGGGUUGCCCGCAACCUCGUGGUCGUCGACAUCCCAGCAGCGCGGAGUGCUCCCCUCGCCUGCCCCGUCCUCGCGCAGCUCUUUUGGCCGCCCAGCUGCUGCAGGGCGUGCCCAGGGCCCCGCCCGCGUCGAGCCCCAGAACCUGGGGACGAGAGGGGCCGGAGCUCAUGUCCACAGUACUUUGUUCGUCUUGGCCGAGCUCAUGCUCAACCUUUUUCCCAUGCCCCUUUUUUUUUGCUUUAUUCGUUCGGCUUCGGCGGCCUCCCUAAACCUCUUUGGUCCUUCCUCAAAUACCUCUUUGGUGCCCCUUGCCGACCUCCAACAGCCCCUCGGCAAAGUACAAAAGGCUCCGCGGCCCUUCUCGGUCCUCUCCUCCACCGCCUGGCACCUCCCAACAAUUCGAUCGCCCGGCCGUCCAAAGCUGUUCUGAUCCUGCCGCCAGCCUCUCUGACAACAGGUUCCAUCCCGCGGCCCGCCCCGAGUCGCAGCAAAUUCCACACACGUCAUCGCCGUCUUGUGGACUGUCGCUGCCCGCGGUACACUACCCCGUUCGUGCGAGAGCUUGCUCCUGAACGCCCCCCGGCUUGUAUCCCACCUCUGUUCUCUCCUCCCACACUCCUGUCAUAGCGCACGUGCGAAUAGUUUCAAGCAGCAACAAACUCGCUUCGGCUGUUCCCUGCCGCAUAACAUGGCGCAGGAUGCUGGCAAAGCGCCCGUUGUGGCCGAGGCCCACGAGGUCGACACCUACCACCCCCCACAAAAAAUGCUUGACAACCACCCCAGCAAGCCACAUUUGGAGAGCUUGGAGGAAUACCAGCAGCUGUACAAGGAGUCCAUCUCGGAGCCAGACAAAUUCUGGGGAAAGAAGGCACGCGAGCUCCUGACAUGGCAGAGGGAUUUCGAGACGGUGCAGUCAGGUGGCCUGUCUGACGGCGACACAGCUUGGUUCCUCGAGGGCCAGCUCAGCGCCUCGUACAACUGCGUGGACCGGCACGCUCUCAAGGAUCCGGAGCGGGUCGCCAUCAUCUAUGAGGCCGACGAACCCAGCGACGGCCGGACCCUGACAUACGGCGAACUGCUGCGCGAGGUCUGCCGUACCGCCCACGUGCUCAGGCAGAUGGGCGUGCGCAAGGGAGACACCGUUGCCAUCUACCUGCCCAUGAUCCCCGAGGCCAUUGUUGCCUUCAUGGCUGUCACCCGCAUCGGCGCCAUUCACUCGGUAGUUUUCGCCGGUUUCUCGGCCGACUCACUGCGCGACCGCGUCAUCGACGCCCAGUCCAAAGUCGUCAUAACCACCGACGAGGGCAAGCGCGGCGGCAAGCUGAUCGGCACCAAGCGCAUUGUCGACGAUGCCCUCAAGCAGUGCCCUGAUGUCACACAUGUCCUCGUUUACAAGCGCACCGGCGCUGACGUUCCCAUGACGCCGGGCCGCGAUUGGUGGUGGCACGAGGAGGUGGAGAGGUGGCCCAACUAUAUCCCUCCUGAGCCCAUGAGCUCCGAGGACCCCCUGUUCCUGCUCUACACCUCUGGCUCGACUGGCAAGCCCAAAGGUGUUAUGCAUACCACGGGCGGCUACCUGCUGGGCGCCGCCAUGACGGGCAAGUAUGUUUUCGACAUCCACGACGGCGAUCGCUUCUUCUGUGGUGGCGAUGUCGGGUGGAUCACGGGCCACACAUAUGUCGUCUAUGCGCCCUUGCUCCUCGGCGUCUCGACCGUCGUGUUCGAGGGCACCCCGGCCUAUCCCAACUUCUCGCGCUACUGGGACAUUGUCGAAAGGCACCAGAUCACGCAGUUCUAUGUGGCCCCGACCGCCCUCCGGCUGCUCAAGCGCGCCGGCGACCAGUACGUCAAGAAUGAGAUGAAGUACCUGAGGGUUCUCGGAUCCGUAGGGGAGCCCAUCGCGGCCGAGAUCUGGAAGUGGUACUUUGAAGUUGUGGGCAAGGAAAAGGCGCAGGUCGUAGAUACCUACUGGCAAACCGAGACCGGAUCCAACGUUAUCACUCCGCUCGCGGGGGUAACGCCAACCAAGCCGGGGUCCGCGUCGCUGCCCUUCUUCGGCAUCGAGCCGGCCAUAAUCGACCCCGUUUCUGGGGAGGAGAUCCACGGGAACGAUGUCGAGGGCGUCCUGGCGUUCAAGCAGGCAUGGCCUAGCAUGGCUCGAACGGUCUGGGGAGCCCACAAGAGGUAUAUGGACACAUACAUGAACGUAUACAAGGGGUAUUAUUUCACCGGCGACGGUGCUGGUAGAGACCACGAAGGGUUCUACUGGAUCAGGGGUCGCGUGGAUGACGUUGUGAACGUGAGCGGACACCGGCUUUCGACGUCGGAGAUCGAGGCAGCGCUCAUCGAGCACCACGCGGUGGCCGAGUCGGCAGUGGUUGGGGUGCAGGACGAACUUACGGGGCAGGCAGUCAACGCUUUCGUGUCGCUGCGAGAAGACAGCACCGAGUCAGUAGAUGCGAUCCGCAAGGACUUGAUAUUGCAGGUUCGAAAGAGCAUCGGGCCCUUCGCGGCGCCAAAGGCCGUCUAUGUCGUGCCAGAUCUGCCUAAGACGCGCUCCGGCAAGAUCAUGCGGAGGAUCCUGAGGAAGAUCCUGGCGGGCGAAGAGGACCAGCUGGGCGAUGUUAGCACGCUGUCGGACCCGAGUAUUGUCGCCAAGAUCCUCACGAUUGUGCAUGACAGUCGAAAGAAGUGAGGAGGCAGAACCUAUCGUUGCUUGAGGACAGACUGAGUUGGCUGGCUGGCUGGCUGUGUGGCUGGCGGGGACCACGGAGUUGCUUACGUAGAGUUAUACCACCACAAUGGACUGCGUUUCUACCUCUUGCGGCCGUUCCCAGCCGGGGAGGCUCGACCAAUGGAUACCACCAGAGCCGGAUGCGGCCUUUGUG